AUGAAUUUAUUUCGUCCAUCAACUUCUUCUUUGCUAUUUUAUGUGCCAUUUCGUCGAUUGAAAACGUAUUCUCCAUUGAAUAAAACUCAUAUUGAACAAGUUCUUCAAUCAUGGACAUCGGAAAUACCAGUCGAGCGUGCUCUAACACUUCCAUCAAGUUUUUACACCUCACGAGAUGUAUUUGAACUUGAACGACAUGCAAUUUUUGGUCAAAAUUGGUUAUUUACAGGACAUAAAAAUCAAUUAAAAAAUCCGGGAGAUUAUAUAACAGGUCGUUUUCUUUCAGAACCAUAUAUAAUUAAUGUUGAUAAGUCAUCAACAUUACGUGGACAUUAUAAUGUUUGUUGUCAUCAUGGUAUGCGUUUAUUAAAAGAUGAUCAAGGACAUCUCGAAACAAAUGAAAUAAUUUGUCCAUAUCAUGGAUGGACUUAUGAUUUAAAUGGACGUUUAAGAAAAGCAUUGCGUUUAAAAACUAUUGAACAAUUUAAAGCAUCAAAAAUUCGUUUAAAACCUAUAUCAAUUCAAACAAUUGGUCCAUUUAUUUAUUUGAAUUUAAAUCUUUUAAAUAAUGAUAAUAUUGAAAAUGAUCUAUCACAUAUUAAUAUAAUACAUGAUAAAUAUUUAACAUCAACAAAUUAUGAUCAAUUAGAAUUUAUUACACGAAAAAGUUAUCCUAUAAAAUGUAAUUGGAAAAUAUAUGUUGAUAAUUUUCUUGAUGGUGGUUAUCAUGUACCAUAUGCUCAUAAGAAGUUAAAUUCAAUUUUAAAUAUGGAUGAAUAUAAAGUUAUUGUUGAACAUCCAAAAGCAUCGGUACAAUAUUGUACUGGUGCUAGUCGAGCAGAAGGUAAUGUUAAUUAUUCAUAUAUUUAUCCUAAUUUAAUGAUUAAUCGAUAUGGAUCAUCAAUGGAUUUAAAUAUAGUUGUACCAGUUGAUGAACGUAAUUGUAUUGUUCAUAUGGAUUAUUAUUAUUGUCCUAAAACAACAACAAAGCAGGAUCAAGAAAUUUUACUAAAAGAUUCUGAUUCUGUUCAACAAGAAGAUAUUUACUUAUGUGAAAAUGUUCAACUUGGUCUUGAAUCUCAAGCAUAUGAUUCCGGCCGUUAUGUUCCAAUUGUUGAGCAUACUAUGUAUAGUUUUCAUAGUACUUUAUUUCAUGAAUUACAAAAGUAUUAUGAUAACCAUAUCAAAUAA